AGCCGAUUGGCAGAGCGGUGCUUUCAGGAACAAUAACAGUUGGGGUGGGGGGUGGGGGUGGGGGGCAGAAGAGCCUGGGUCCCGGGGAGCCGCCCCCGCCCCCCUGGCUGGUGUGCGCUGCGGCCCGCGCCCCCCGCGGGGUCCCCACCUCUGCGCCCGCCCCGCGGGCUGACCAGCCCGGCUGGGGCCCGCCCCCGGCGCCCACCAUGUACGCCUUUGUGCGGUUCCUGGAGGACAACGUCUGCUACGCGCUGCCCGUGUCGUGCGUGCGCGACUUCAGCCCCCGCUCGCGGCUGGAUUUUGACAACCAGAAGGUGUACGCGGUGUACCGGGGUCCCGAGGAGCUGGGCGCCGGGCCCGACAGCCCCCCGCGCACCCCUCGCGAUUGGGGCGCGCUGUUGCUCCACAAGGCCCAGAUCCUGGCGCUGGCAGAAGACAAAUCUGACCUUGAAAACAGUGUGAUGCAGAAGAAAAUAAAAAUCCCCAAACUUUCUCUCAGUCACAUAGAAGAAGAUGGGGAGGUUAAAGAUUACGGGGAAGAAGACUUACAGCUUAGACACAUCAAGAGACCCGAAGGGCGGAAGCCGAGCGACGUGGCGCACAAGAGCAUCGAGGCAGUGGUGGCCCGGCUAGAGAAGCAGAACGGCCUGAGCCUGGGCCACAACAGUUGUCCUGAAGAGGCCUUCGUGGAGGCCUCGCCGGGCACCGAGGACAUGGACAGUCUGGAGGACGCUGUGGUGCCCCGGGCUCUCUAUGAGGAGCUGUUACGCAACUACCAGCAGCAGCAGGAGGAGAUGCGACACCUCCAGCAGGAGCUGGAGCGGACUCGGAGGCAGCUGGUGCAGCAGGCCAAGAAGCUCAAGGAAUACGGGGCACUCGUGUCUGAGAUGAAGGAGCUCCGCGACCUCAAUCGGAGGCUCCAGGAUGUGCUGCUCCUGAGGCUUGGCAGCGGUCCCGCCAUUGACUUGGAAAAAGUAAAGUCAGAAUGUCUCGAGCCCGAGCCGGAGUUACGGAGCACUUUCAGUGAGGAAGCAAAUACGUCGUCCUAUUUCCCUGCUCCUGCACCUGUCAUGGACAAGUAUAUCCUAGACAAUGGCAAGGUCCAUCUGGGAAGCGGGAUUUGGGUUGAUGAGGAGAAAUGGCACCAGCUACAAGUAACCCAAGGAGAUUCCAAGUACACAAAGAACUUGGCAGUCAUGAUUUGGGGAACAGAUGUUCUGAAAAACAGAAGUGUCACAGGAGUUGCCACAAAAAAAAAGAAGGAUGCAGUCCCAAAGCCUCCCCUCUCGCCUCACAAGCUAAGCAUUGUCCGAGAGUGUUUGUAUGACAGAAUAGCACAAGAAACUGUGGAUGAAACUGAAAUUGCACAGAGACUCUCCAAAGUCAACAAGUACAUCUGUGAAAAGAUCAUGGAUAUCAAUAAGUCAUGUAAAAAUGAAGAACGAAGGGAAGCAAAAUACAAUUUGCAAUAAACUUUGGAUUUUUCAUAAAGCCUUUGUGUUUUCCUUGCGAGGUGUGUGAUUUUUUUCGAGCAAUGGUGCCAUCUACAAUCAGACCCUCACCACAUAUGGUGGUGUGGGGGCAGGGGGCCAGUAGGGUCCUGGGGCCAGUAACUUGAUCUGAACUUGGACUUCAUACUUCAAAAAAAGCCAGGUGGAUUUGCUGAGACGUGGGCAGAACCUGAGUGCCACAGCUGUCAUUAUUAUGAGGAUAGGAAAAGCACUUUUCAGAAGAUUGUAAUGCGUCUCUGAGCUGUUUGUCACUUGACUACAAUGUGGACUGGUAUUUUUACCAUCCAAGGACUUGUAUCUCCUUCCUCUAUUUUGUUCUAAAAUAAAGUUUCAUUAAUUCUUG